GGUUCCCAAACUGUUGAGAAUUCCCAUUUCUUUCUUUUUUUAACCAUUAUUUACUGUGCCAAAGUGCGUUUUGUUUUGGUUUUCGGUUGGUUCAAGUUUCCAGCAAUGCAAAGCUUUUGUUUUUUUACUAUAUUCUUAAUAUUCAAUGGAUCUGAAGUUCUGAAAGUCUGAAUUUUUUAUCGUUAGCUCUGGCAAUGCUUCACAAAGAUCUAUGAUUUUAAGUCAUUAUUCUCUGUUAGACUGUUACAUUACGUUUCUUCAACGAAAACCCUUCUUUUUCUUUUUCUUUUUUAAAGUCUAGGAAAUUAUUAAGCUUCUAUUGGUACUGCUUAAUUAACAGAGUAGUUUUUCAUUAAUGGGUGUUUAGUGUCAUAAAGAUGAUGAUUAGUUACCUUUGUGGAUAAAUCCUGCAUGUGAUGGAAUGGGAUGGGACCCUUUGUUUUAUACUCUUAUGAAAGGAAGCUUUAAGAUAUUUCAAGGUUCCUGUUGAGCAUUAUUGGUUUUUUCUCAUUGUUAUUACUAGUUUUCUGUAUGUAGUGAGCAUUGAAGUUAAAAUGUACUUGUUGGAUUGGAGGUUUUAGUAGGCUCAAAGAUCCUCAAAUUUUCACAUCUCUACUCUUGAAUCUGUUUUUGCAAUGAGAAAGUAGUGGCAUCGGUGUAGAUUAAUGUCACUUUUGGUACUUGUGAGUCUUUUUGUGGAUUAGAAAAUGAGAGCCAUUGAAGAUAAAGGUUGCUAUAACCUUGGAGCAGCUAAUGAAAUUUCAAGCAGCAGCGUGAGUGCCAUAAGUUUUGAGUUCCACAAAGGGAAUGGAACAACAAACAACCGAGCUGCUCAAUCUCAUCAUCGAACUACUACUGCCUUAGGGAAGCCAACAACACCUUCAAAAUGGGAUGAUGCGCAGAAAUGGCUUGUGGGACUGUCGAGAAGUAGAGACAAAAAGACCCACUCCAAAGCCAAACCUCGAAACUCCAACGCCGAUGAUAGAAGACUAAUAGCUCCUGUGCCACAUAAGGAACAAGAUUAUCCAAGCAGUGACGAGGAAGGAGGCUUUGCUGCUGCUGCAGUAAUGUCACCUAAAUACGAAGGAGAAACCAAAAAGGUUGAUUUUGAUGAUUCUAUUUGGAACUCUGUGUCAGCUGUUAGAUCAAUAUGUGUGAGAGAUAUGGGGACUGAGAUGACCCCUAUUGCAAGCCAAGAGCCAUCAAGAACAACAACACCCCUAAGAGCCACCACUCCUGCUGGAAGGAGUCCUAUAUCUUCAGGAUCUUCCACCCCUGUGAGGUGCCAACAUGGAGGAGGACCUUGUGCCGAGGAUUAUCAAGCAGGUUCAGGCCCAACAUCGACUGAGGGAAGGGCUGAAACUAAUGCCGCUGCCAGGGGUCAUGGUUCAAAUAGACAAGAAUCAGAUCAAGCUAGGAAGCAGAGCACUUUAGAAACUCGAGCUAUAGCUUGGGAUGAAGCUGAACGUGCCAAAUAUAUGGCAAGGUAUAAGCGUGAAGAAGUGAAGAUACAGGCCUGGGAAAAUCACGAAAAGAGGAAAGCUGAAGUGGAAAUGAAGAAAAUAGAGGUGAAGGCUGAGAGAUUGAAAGCUCGGGCAAAAGAAAGAUAUGCAAACAAAGUAGCAGCCACAAGGAGAAUAGCUGAAGAGAAACGUGCAAAUGCAGAAUCAAAGCUAAACGAGAAAGCUAUAAGGACAUCUCAAAGGGCGGAUUAUAUAAGGAGAACUGGUCAUUUUCCUUCUUCCUUCUCUUUCAAGUUGCCUUCCCUUUGCUGGUAGUAAGCAACUCUGCAGCCAAAUCUGGCUUCAUCUCUUCUUCUUCCAAUAGAGAUAUAUAAUGUAUGUAUUAAUGUAUGUUCGUACGUACGUACGUAUGUAUGAAUGUAUGAUGUACUUUUGGAUUAUUUUUAUAUGCAUGUGAUUACUGCUGAAAACUUGCAGUCAUGGUGAUUAUUUCCAUUAAUAAAUAAAUCUCCAACCAAUUAUUUGGCAACCCAAAA